AUGCUUUCUCCUUGUGCAGGUUUCAAAGGUUCGGGCUUUGGUGUUCUAGCUCCUUGGCCGUCUGCUGUGAUGGCUUGGGCCUUCUGGGCUUCUGCCUUUGAUCUAGCCUUUUAA